UCUCUUUGGUCGUGUCCAAAAUGUCACGGCUAUCAACGUAUGCUGGCGUGUGUCUGCUUCUGCUCAGUAACUACGGGCCCUUCGUCUGGUGUUACGAAGACACUGCUCCGUACGCCGUCCGCCGUCCGCUGGAUACACUCUUCCGGACAGGUUCAACAUCCCAGAAGCAUGUCGGUCCCGUACCGGCUCUAGGUCCCAAUGGCAGCAGCGGUCCACACGCCCACGAUUCUCACGGUUCAUUAGCGAACGAUCAGCAUCAGCAGACACAGCGACAACCGUCCAUUUCCGGACAACCGCUCGAGCAACAGAGCAAUAGGGCGAUUUUGCAUCGACGCAUGGAACCGGGCGGACCAGUAUCGGGUAGUACGAACCAUCAUCACCGUUGGCACGUGGAUCAAAGGCCAGACGUAUUCGGUAUCGGUACGGUGCCAGCAUUCCAGCGUGCCCUUCCGGCAAUCGAUAUUGGUAGCUCGGGUAGCGACGAUGAUUUCAUUGGCCACGGGGGACCACCGGACCUGUACGAACUCCCGGACCCAUCGCUCGACCCCACAGGCAACGAGAUCGGUGACAAUCCGCUGCUGGCCGCACUGGGCACCAUUAGUGGACCGCGGGUGGUUGACCGCGAAGAGGCGGACCCACCGACCGGCCGCAUGAUGGAAAGCAUCGAUCUGAUCCGGGAGCAGCUGGAGCGCAUCAAGCAGGAGGAAGACAUCGAAAUCAAAUCGAAUCUGCUGAUGAAGCUGUUGACGGAAUUGCCCGAGGGACCGCUGCCGAUUGUCUACAUUGAGGAUGCGGCCGGUAAGGCUGGGGGCCCAGCACGGCGCGUAGACGACGGUGAUGAAGAUGACACGGACGACGAUGCGGCCGAGGAUGAGGCUGACGAGGGAGAUGAUGGGCAGCUGGUGGCUGGGGGCAGAAAUCGGGCGGAACCUUUCACACCGAACGGAGGCAAACGGUCCGGGCGCUACUAUCGGCGCUAUCCCUGGAAGCGUCAGAACGCACGCAGCCGAACAUACGAUGCCGAAGCCCGUUACCUGUGCGUACCGAGCCGUGAGGACGUCUUCAAGCUGCUCGUCGGGCUGCACGAAAACCGAGUCGGCAACCACCAGCGGACGGUUAACUUCUGCAACCGAAAGCGUCCGGCAAAGGCCAUCUUCACAAACAUCCGCUUCCUGGGCUAAGUUUCUGGGGG